AUGUAUAACCCGGUGAAGACGAUAAAGACGAACACAUUGGGCACCAUUAACAUGCUUGGCUUAGCUAAGCGCGUCAAAGCCACGAUAUUGCUGGCAUCGACAUCGGAGAUUUACGGGGAUCCAGAAGUGCAUCCACAACCCGAAAGCUAUUGGGGACAUGUGAAUACGAUCGGACCACGUAGUUGCUAUGAUGAAGGAAAGAGAGUAGCGGAAUCCUUAAUGGUUGCCUACAAUAAACAGGAACGUGUCCCCAUACGGAUUGCUCGUAUUUUCAAUACAUUUGGGCCACGGAUGCAUAUGAAUGAUGGGCGAGUGGUGUCUAAUUUCAUUAUUCAAGCGUUGCAAGGAAAUCCUAUAACGAUUUAUGGUGAUGGCUCACAGACGCGAUCUUUUCAAUAUGUGGAUGAUUUAGUCGAUGGUUUGAUAUUGCUUAUGAACAGUAACUGUUCGCUACCAGUCAAUAUUGGAAAUCCAGAGGAGUACUCUAUCUCAGACUUUGCGCGUAUUAUAAAAGAUCUAGUCGGAAGUGAAAGCAGUAUAGUUAACAAGAGUUCGCAGGAAGAUGACCCACAGCAAAGAAGACCUGAUAUAUCGAGGGCCGCUAAAGAGUUGAAAUGGCAACCUCAGGUUUCGAUGCGAGAUGGCCUGAUAAAGACAAUAGAAUAUUUCCGUGAUGAAAUUAACGAACAUCGGCGGCUUUCUUCUGCAAACGAUGACUAA